AUGUUGUUUUUCUGUUGCCCGGAAGGCAAAAAGUGCGCCAGGUGCAAAGCCCAGCACCGACCCUGCCUCCCUUCGCCUUCCAGCCCUGAGCUGGAUCGAGUUAUCGCCCUUCGGGGGUCUCUCGCCGUUGCUGCCAUCCUUGGUAGGCCCUGCGUUGCUGACCAGGAAGAACUGGUCAAAGCCAUGGAGAAGGUUCUCGCGCCUAUCAAGGCCGAGCGGUCCGCCAAGGCUUCGGCUGCAGCAAAGGCGGGUAUCGAAAAGCGACGCGCCGCCAAAGCUGAGGCUGCGGAAGAAGACGAGGAGGAUGAAGAAGAUGAAUUGGUGGUGGUGGAGGGCUUUGACGACUGUAGAGGAUCUGGUUAUUAG